GAUUUGAAUCCUUCAGCUAUCUUGCAAUGUAAGAGAUGGACUUGGGGAAUUCGCACUGUCAUACUAUCGCUUUACACUGCUCACCAAGUUGACCAUAUGUAUGGCUGUCAUAGUAUGCCUGAUUCCCCGAGGCUGCACAGUGAGAAAUGGUCCGAAGAGUCUUGAUAAGGAACCGAAGACACAGACAUGCCGGCAUUGAACUGAUCACAUAUGUCAGCGAUAGACACGCUGGACGGAGUAGACGGCAAAGUCAGACGUCAAUUGAUGUGCUGUCGGUGGCACUCUACUAAGGUGAUCUGCUUACAGGCGACUGUACUGUAAUCCAGAACCAAUUGCUAUAUCUAUCUCCUCGGCUCCUCAUGGAUUCCUCCCAUCUCCUACGUAGUAUGUUCUGCUGACUUCCAUCGUCUCCCACGUCUCCCCACCCCCCUCAGGAUCUCUGAUUUUAACCCGGACAUCCUCACUGAACGCUGAAUCGUCAUUACGUUUGGUUUGACAUCUAUCAGAAGAAGCAAGGAGGAACAACUUCCUUUAAACUGAUCAUGUCUACUGAUGUUACAAACCAGCGACGAACACCCUUUCAGUUGGAGAACCUGAUCGCAUCCAGUGGUAUUACGAACCCAGAAAGUGCGGAGAGCACGCGUGCUGCGACACCCUUGAAUCCAGGCACACCCGUUUCAGAGAAGGAGACUUUCGUGGUCAACCUAAGUACGGAGAACCAUCCUGUUCUUAGUCAGUCUGAGAAGCCAUCCUUACCACACGAGGGGGAGUCUGCGAUCCCGGAGGAUGUCCAGGAAGAGGAGAUCGAAAACAAGGAGGACGAUUGGGUACACGAUCCUCGUAAUGCGCGAAAUUGGCCAGUUGCCAAGAAAUGGCGGAUGGUCAUGAUCGUAUCAUUCUAUACCCUAGUACCCCCAUUGGCCAGUUCGAUGAUGGCACCAGCGUUGCCUGAGAUCGGCGAACAUUUUGGUAUCACAAACCCCACUGUCGUUUCUUUAACACUCAGUAUCUUUUUGAUCACUUUCGCCCUUGGACCUCUGAUCCUCGCUCCACUGUCUGAGAUAUACGGUCGAACAUGGAUCCUGCACAUAUGCAACAUCCUCUCGCUAGCAUUCAACCUCGGUUGCGGCUUCGUCAAAACAACAGGCUCCCUCAUUGGGUUACGUAUCCUCGCAGGUUUGGCAGGUAGCGCUCCAGUCGCCAUCGGCGGUGGCACCAUUUCUGACUGUUUCAGCGAACGAGACCGUUCAAGCGCAAUGGCCAUCUACUCCCUAGGUCCUCUCAUAGGCCCUGCAGUAGGACCCAUCGCCGGAGGCUAUAUCGCCCAAACAGUUGGAUACAAAUAUAUAUUUGUCGUCAUCGCUGGUUUAUCGGGAGUAUGUGCCGCCUUUGGGAUCCCUUUAUUGAGGGAGACGUAUGGCCCUGUGAUUAGACUUAGAUUGAUAAAGAAGAGUGGGCAGGAUGUGGAGAAGGUGGAGACACACCCACAUUUAGUAGCUGCCCAUGGACCGGGAAGUCAGUUCCAUGUGCUUUGGGUGAAUUUGACGAGGCCCUUUAUUCUAUUGACGAGGAGUGCGGUUUGUUUCUUGCUUAGCUUUUAUAUGGCGCUACAAUACGGUUUUUACUAUCUGAUGUUCGCAACUUUCCCAACACUCUUUAUAACCGUCUAUGGUUUCAACACGGGAACGUCUGGUCUCGCUUAUAUCGGUCUCGGAGUCGGCUUCCUGGCCUCCACAAUGUUUGGAGGUUGGUUCGGAGACAAAGUCUACCAAAUGAUGACACAGAGGAAUGGUGGCAAAGGCUCACCGGAGAUGCGGAUACCUGCCUUGGUGCUCGGCUCUUUGUUCCCACCUAUUGGACUCUUCUGGUAUGGCUGGUCUGCACAAGCUCAGAUUCACUGGAUCAUGCCUAUCAUCGGGACUGGCGUAUUUGGGUUUGGUAUGAUGGCCACUUUCCUCCCGGCACAGUUGUACUUAGUCGAUUCAUUCCAAUACGCUGCUAGCGCGCUAGCUGCCGCUGCUGUAAGUGCCUUUUCUGCUUCGUAUCUCUUGACCGUCCCUUCCUUUCUUUACGGACCAAUUCUCCCCAUUCCCCGGCCCUCGUCCCCCCGGCAGUAUAUUGACCUCUUUUUUCCCCUUAGGUCUUCCGUUCAUUCCUGGGAUUCGCCUUCCCCCUUUUCGGCGAACAAAUGUUCCAUGCUCUAGGUUAUGGAGGUGGAAACUCUCUCCUUGCCGGUCUUGCCAUUGUCCUUGGGAUUCCAUUUCCCAUAUGGCUGUACUAUAAUGGGGAGAGGAUUAGGAUGAACAGUAAAUAUACAAGACAUUAAAUAGGAAUGAUCCCGUGUCUUGUGUGGAUACUGCAUCAAUAAGGACUUCGGCAUCUGUGCAGGGUGGGAAGUAGAGAGGGAGAUGGUCAAUCCAGUCGACACGACUUGGACAGGUUAAAAUGUAAUUAUUCAUGCCUUGAUUUACACCUCUCGCUGCAUGAAUCAACGCAUACAUCGCCGAUGAUUGAUGAAACAUUAUGAGGAGACAUGUUGGAGUUUUGCAUCUUGUCUUGUAUCUUCGAUGUAGACAACUUUGGAUUUACGUUAUACCCAUUUAAUCGUCUUUCUAUAUUAUGACAACGCUCAUAUGUAGGUCAGGAUGGUAGUAGCAGGACCGGAGCCACACAAGACGCUU